GCAUUGUACGAGAUCUUCGGGCAGGACAGUUUGUCAUUAUGACCGGGGUAUUUGAGGCAAAAUAUCUAAAGUAUCGUAUGAUUAAACAGACUUCCCAAACAUAGGUCUGUUGUAGACCCACUUCCCCUCUGCUUAGCUCAUGUCAAAAUAAAAGUUCUGCUUGUGCACUAUAUGUGGACAAAAAACUUGUCAGGGACUUUCAUUUUGACUUAAGCUAAGCAGAGAGGAAGUGGGAAAGCUGAGUUAGAAAGCUGAUUGAAUUUACCUGGGUAAGAGUACAGUACACUCGUGUUAACUCCUUCUCUUUAUGAUAAAAAGCUUUGUCUAUCUCUAAAAACAAUGUCAAAACUGUCAAAAUUGUUUUGAUAUCACUACAAAAAUGAUCUUACAUCUAACAAUACAUUUAGUAUUCCGAAAGUUAAUUACAGUAUAACGAUGACUCAUUACAGGAAUGUCUAUACUGUUUAACGUUGAUUCAUUCCAGGAAGUAUUUUAAUAGUUGUUUUAUUGUGUUCCAGAAAUGGCGUCCUCUAGCCGUCUCCUGUCUGAAGAGCAGUUCCAGUGCUCUAUCUGUCUGGAUGUGUUCACUGAGCCUGUCUCCACUCCAUGUGGACACAACUUCUGCAAGGUCUGUAUCAGUGGAUACUGGGAUACAACUGACCUGUGCCAGUGUCCAAUGUGUAAGAGGACAUUCUACACAAGACCAGAGCUCAAUAUCAACACAGCAUUCCGAGAUGUUGUAGAUUAUGUUAACAGGAUCAGAGUCAAAAACAGAGAAAAGUCCCCUGCUGAGGCUGGAGAAGUGGUCUGUGACAUCUGCACUAGGAUUAAGCUCAAGGCCUUGAAGUCCUGCCUGGAGUGUCAGACCUCUUUCUGCGAGACUCACCUGCAGCCUCAUCAGAGAGUCACCGGCCUGAAAAGGCACAAGCUAAUAGAUCCCGUGGAGAACAUGGAAGAUAGGAUGUGUAAGAAGCAUGACAGACAGCUGGAGCUGUUCUGUAGGACUGACCAGACUUGUGUGUGUCAGUUCUGCACUGAGGCAGACCACAAGACUCACCACACCGUCCCUCUAGAGAAAGAGUUUGGAGAGAGGAAGGCUCAGCUGGUGAAGACGGAGCAACAUGUAUGGCAGAUGAUCCAGGAGCGACUAGAGAAGGUUCAGAAGAUCAAACAUUCAGUAGAGUUCAGCAAGAAAGAUACACAGAGAGUGAUGGCAGACAGUCUGCAGGUUUUCACUGAUCUGAUGGAUUCCAUUGAGAAAAGCAAGAAGGAGCUCAUUGAGGAGGUUGAGGAGAAGCAGAAAGCAGCAGAGAAUCAGGCUGAAGGGUUUAUUGAAGAGCUGGAGCAGGAAAUCACUGACCUACAUAGGAGACACACUGAGCUGGAACAGCUCUCACACACUGAGGACCACCUCCACCUCCUCCAGAUCUUCCCAUCCCUGUACACCACUCCAAACAUCAAGGACUGGUCUGAGAUCAGUGUUUACAGUGAGACGUGUGUGGGGAAUUUGAGGAGUGUUUUGAGAAGCUUUGUGUCUGAGCUGGAAAAGACAGUGAGGAGAGCAUUUUCUGAAAAAUUCACUAAUGCAAUGGAGGACUUUCAUGACAUCAAUCUGAAAAAGAUGCAGCAGUAUGCAGUGGAUGUGACUCUGGACCCUGAUACAGCAUAUGACAGGGUCGUCCAAUCUAAGGACAAGAAACAGUUGAGAAAAGGAAGAAAAAAUCUCCCUGACAACACAGAUAGGUUUCGUUGAAGUUAGUCUGUCCUAUGAAGAGAGGGCUUCUCCUCAGCGAGAUUCUACUAUGAGGUGUAGGUGGAGGAGAGGACUUGCUGGAAGUUAAGGGUACUAAUUCCAAUUUGAUUUUCAGUGUUGUUUCUACACAUUAAUCACGUUGAGACAAAAUGAGGGAAUGACCAGUCCUUUGAGGUUUUUGGAUUGAAGUUUGCACACCUUGAGUGAUAUAUAGAAAUGUACUGAAUGAUGUAUGAAGGAGUGUAUUGUUGUUUGUUUGUUUGUUUGUAUGUUUUGUUUGAUAAAUAUCACCAGAUUGGGUCUGCUGGAUGAUCGAGAUUACUCCCUAAGGAUUAGUGGUGACUCUGCGAUGAGGUGUCAUAGACAGUGUCAUAGUGGGAGUAUAAACCAAUUUGGAAAAAUUGUUUCAACAGAAUGUGUUGUUACUCGCUUUGACAUGUGUUUUGGAGAUUUUCAUUGGGAAUAUUGGUAGUAUCAAUUUGUCAUAGGGUAAAUUAUUGUUUGGAUUUCUUGAAACGCUUGACUGGAUUUCCUGAAUCAGAGGUUCACUGAACUGAAUUGUUGAACUGAAUUGUCCUUUCUCAAAGUUAUGGUGACUACAGAUGGUAUCUAAAUGCAUGGAAGGGAUCAUUUGACCAAACGGUGUAGACCUCAAAACCCCCUCUAACCGGCUGAAGAUAUGGCACUCAGUUCGGUCCUGUCCUGCACCACUUCUGUCAAGAGACCUGAGUCUGAGCCAGCAACCGGUGUACAGCAUCCAGUUGAAGUUAUCAACUGCCUUUUCUCUCAUGCCCUUCUCUCAGGAGUGUGACAGGAGUGAGCAUGGAGAGAGAUCCAUUCCAAAACUUCUCUUAUGUUGCCGGUAUACUGGUUGACAAAUGGACAAUACAUAAUAGGAGUUGUGGUGGGACUCAGGUGAGACAUUGAAAUUGGGACAUUGUCAUGGGCCAUCCACUUUGAACUGCGAAGCUAUCUGAAAAAAAAAGAAAAAAUGCCAGAAGAUUGAAUGCCGGGAAAGGGAGGGGGUUGGUCAACUGUGCCCGUAAAUAUUUUAGACUUUUCUGAAAUAGUUUAUUUUGGGGUAUCAGUUUGAUUGUGGAGGUCUACACACUGCUAAAUGUAUAGUAAUUUAGGCUAAGAAUGCAUUGAGAUAGUGAUCUGUAAAUAAUCAUGAUGAGAGAGUUAAAACUAGAAUUUUGAGAUUAAUAUUUUGUAUGUUAAUAUAAAUGUACAUUCUGCCAGUGUUGAUGUGUUAAAUUGAGGGUUUACAUUUUGAGUAAUAGAACCAAUGUGAAUGCUAUUCUCAACAUGCCUUGGUGAAUGGAAAGGUGAUCUCUGAUCCUGAGAGGGAAACUGAUCCUAAUCUAUUUGACCUAUAUCCUAUUUCAUUUAUAUCCAUAACCAAAUUGAAAUGUUUAAUGAUAAUACUCAGGAAUUAUAGCAAGUUUGUGCUAACGGUGCAUAGCCAUAAGUGUUGCCUUAUAAAUAGUGGGCUCUUGAUGCUUGUCCUGGGUUAUGUUCAUUGGGCAGUAAACGGAAGAAAUGUUACUUAAAACAUCUUAAGGAUUAGCCCCUUUUUUUCAAUUUUCACCGAAAAUGAAAUACCCGAAUCUAACUGCUUGUAACUCAGAAUCUGAAGCAAGGAUAUGCAUAUUCUUGGUACCAUUUGAAAGGACACACACGUUUAUGGAAACAUGAAAGGAAUGUAGUAGAAUAUAACACAAUAGAUCUGGUAAAAGAUAAUACAAAGAAAAAAACAACCAUUAUUUUUCUGUACCAUCAUCUUUGAAAUGCAAGGGAAAGGCCAUCAUGUAUUAUUCCAGCCCCGGUGCAAUUUAGAUUUUGGCCACUAGAUGGAAUCAGUGUAUGUGCAUAGUUUUAGACUGAUCCAAUGAACCAUUGCAUUUCUGUUAAAUUUGUUUUAGCAAGACUGCCUAAAUGUGCCUAAUUUGUUUAUUAAUAACUUUUUAUGUUCAAAAUUGUGCACUCUCCUCAAACAAUAGCAUGGUAUUAUUUCACUGUAAUAGCUACUGUAAAUUGGACAGUGCAGUUAGAUUAAACAAGGAGUCACUACAUGGAUUUGUCCAGCCAGAUAUGCUCAUUUUAGUUUCUAUAGAUGGUGCUAUAGGGAUGAAAAUUGCCUUUUUUACCAUGCUGACCAAUGCUCAGUAUCAACAUGAUGAUUUGUUUCGUACUGAUGAAAAAUGUACUCUGACUUAGAUUGAUGAGAAUUGCUUAAUGAUAUUUGUAUGUCAUUUUAAACUUUGGAAUUUUUCUUUUAAGUUGAGAAAAAUCUCAAAAUGGGGGAAUGUGAUAGAAAAAUUACAUAUUUACCUGAUUUGUUUGAUAUUAAUAGUUAACAGUUAUAUACUUAACUAAUAGUAAGACAUUUCUGUUCUAUUAAAUGUCUGUUUGAACUGAGAGGAGCCUAAAAACCUAAGGCUGGCAUUCCAUAGAUAAGAUGUGGUGGGUGUAACCGAGAUAGAGAGAGCCUGGAAGAACAGAACAAAGGCCUCAGGAUUCAUAAUUAUCCUAGCAUGUGGGAAACUAAGAUGAGGUGGGGUUACAAAUAACACCAUAGGGGUGGGACCAGCCAUGACUAAGCAUUCUUAGAGACCAGCUAUGUAAGUAACAGCAUUUUUUUGUAAAGGUCACGCUACUUUGCCCAACAGUCAAGUGUUGGGCUGACUAGUCUCAUUAUUUCAAUAAUUAAUCAAUAUUAAAUAAAGAAUUGUUUGACGAAAAGACAAAGUCUCUAUCAGUGUGAAUUUCCACGACAAAGUCACUCUGAAUAAGAGUGUCUGCUAAAUUACUCAAAUGUAAUGUCGAAAUGAUUCUGUUGAAAACAACGGGUGGACAUUUUGGAGGCAGUCUCCUGUUCGUAUAGAUUGUUCAGAUGGCAAUGUCAGGACAACAAUGUGCACGCUUCAAUAGGGCAGAAGUCUGUGUUGUUGGGAUUCUGGAUGACCAGAUAGCUACCAACAAUGACAAGGAACUGCCAUGUGGGGAAUAAUAAGUAGCUAGUUUCAUCUUGUUCUUGAUACCACGUCUUAUUUUGAGGUGUUUUGACUGAUUAUGUCAAUGACAAUAUGGCUAAAAUGCUCUAGCUAACCAACAACUGAUGAUGUAUUUGAGAGACAAGGGCUCAUUCUGCUAAUUUAUUUAUG